UAGCAGAGAGAGCAAUCUGAAGAAGAAAUCAACAAAAGAGAACUUAGGAAAGGGAAAGUCUUUCUCUAUUUCUCUUUGCAUUGCUAAUUGUGGAUUUGCUACCGUGCGCAGGGGGUGAUUGGCGCACCAGAAAAAAUUACGAAAUAGAGGAAGAGAAAGCGGACACUGCGCAUUUUAGCAACUCAUCUUCCUCGGAGAAGCUCUAUUUUGCAGAUUCGAGAGUUUCUCUUUGUUUGGUGAAAUUUGUCAAUGGCUGCUCCACCGACAAGAGCUAGAGCUGAUUACGAUUACCUUAUAAAACUUCUUUUGAUCGGCGACAGCGGUGUUGGCAAGAGUUGCCUUCUUUUACGGUUCUCAGAUGGUUCCUUCACAACCAGUUUUAUCACCACCAUUGGUAUUGAUUUUAAGAUAAGAACCAUUGAGCUUGAUGGUAAACGGAUUAAGCUCCAAAUUUGGGAUACAGCUGGACAGGAGCGGUUCCGGACAAUCACAACUGCUUACUAUCGUGGAGCCAUGGGCAUCUUGCUGGUCUAUGAUGUCACAGAUGAAUCAUCCUUCAACAAUAUUAGGAAUUGGAUUCGCAACAUCGAACAGCAUGCAUCAGAUAAUGUUAACAAGAUACUGGUAGGGAACAAGGCAGACAUGGAUGAAAGCAAAAGGGCUGUGCCUACCUCAAAGGGACAAGCACUUGCUGACGAGUAUGGAAUCAAAUUUUUUGAAACUAGUGCAAAGACAAAUCUAAACGUGGAGGAAGUUUUCUUUUCAAUUGCCAGGGACAUAAAGCAAAGACUUGCCGACACUGACUCAAGGGCUGAGCCUUCAACAAUCAAAAUCAAUCAACCUGACCAGGGAGCUGGGCCUGGUCAAGCUGCACAAAGAUCGGCUUGUUGUGGCUCAACCUGAAGGGGGAAAAAAAAACUAAUCGUGGUGACUUGAUGAUGGGCGCUUAUAUUUUCUUCUUGUCAUUCUUUUUAACCUUGUUUUAGUGUGUGAAAUGUUGUCGUUUCAUAAUUGGAUAAUUUGUCUUUUGGCAAACAGUGUGUUAUAUUGAGAACAUACCAUGUUGGAAGACAAAGGUCUGGCUGCUUGCAACACUAGUUCAUUUGUUGAAGACGUAGGAAAAGAAAUGGAAGUGGGUUCUCUAUA